AUGGUGGUUCACGUUCCCUUCAAGGACUUGCCUGUGGUGGAGGACUACGAACUAGGGAAGCUGCGGCCGGAGUACGACUACGUCAUCGUAUACAUCACUGGUUUCCACCCAGCGGGUGGCGGUUCUGCAGGCUGCGUCAUCGCCAACCGGCUCUCGGAGGACCCUGACGUUACGGUAUUGCUGCUGGAAGCGGGAGGGCUUGAAACAGCGUCGCGACAGGUCCCUUUUGCGGCGCCCAUGAAUAUCAGGGGCGAUGACGACUGGGACUACUGGAGCGUACCGCAGAAGAACGCCGCCCUUUCCUUCCAUGAACAGCGGCUGUCCCUAUCACGCGGCAAGGCGCUAGGUGGCAGCAGCGUUCUCAACUUCAUGCUGUACACAAGGGGAAACCCGAGAGACUACGAUCGCUGGGCCCGAGAGUACGGAGCCAAUGGAUGGGCGUACGAAGACGUGCUGCCCCACUUCAGAGAGAUCGAGGACUACCGUGUGGGACCACCGGAUGAUGUGUGGCGCCUGUCCAAACAAAUGCAUAUCGCACGUCUUUAUCAACGCUUACGUCGAAUCCUACCAGAAUACCAUGGCAUCGGCGGUGAGGUACCGGUGGACUACGCUAACACCACCACGCGGCUGACCGAGCUUCUUCUGGAGGCAUGCCGCCAGUCCGGUUAUUCCCAGGUGGACUACAAUGGUCGUACGCAGUCAGGCUGCUCUCAAGUGCACACCAACGUGGCUAACGGUGAACGCUUUAGCGCUAGCAAGGCCUUCAUCCAGUCCAUCGUCGGCACGCGUGAGAACCUGCAUGUGGCACUCUUCAGCCACGUCACAAAGGUGAACUUCGAGGGAUCCCGCGCCGUGGGCGUGUCGUUUACAAGAUUUGGGCAACCGGGGACCGUAUUGGCAAAGCGAGAAGUGAUUCUCUCGGCAGGCACCGUGGGAUCAACUCAACUCUUGCUGCUUUCCGGACUGGGUCCCAAGGAGGACCUUAAGCGGUUACAAAUACCGGUUGUCGCCGACCUCCCAGUGGGACGCAACCUUCAAGACCACCCAAGUCUCCCACUGGGCGUCCCUAUUAGGACGGACUUCCAAGCCGGUAUCGCACCAUUUAGCCUGGAAGACAUUGCGCAAUACGCGCGAAACCGAACAGGUGACAUCGCGGGCCUAUGGAUUGCGGCGACGGGGCCGAACACAGAAAUUAAUUCUUCAGCCAGAUUACUGCCGUCGUAUACGCCAACUCUCUCUCUCUCUCUCCCGGCAGGGACAAUUUCCAUACCGGCAGGUAUAGAGUUUCUACAGUUCCUGGUCACCAACUACGCGGCAGAUCCCGAUAUUCCCGAUGUAGAGGUAGCCACCAUAUCAACUUCCCCGGCCAGCGAAACGCUGAAGAGAUUCAUGACGCAAUUGGGCCUGCUGCCAGAGGCUUUUGACAGCUACAUCGGGUCCGCCGACGGGCAACCCGGCUUUCGAGCAAUAACAAUCCUCAAUCGACCACGGUCCCGGGGCUCGAUCACGCUUCGUUCCACGGAUCCCUACGAGCACCCAAACAUCGACCCACGCAUUUUGGAGCACCCGGACGACGUCAGGGCGGCCGCUCAAGGCACGUACACUUCAUCCGCAGCUCAAUACACAGUCCAACGCGAGAAAUACAAACCGACAGACGUUUUGCAACUCGUUUUGCAUUACCAUUGUACGGCAACAUUUAGCGACACAAAUAAAAAAAAAAGGCCAAAUGCUUCCCUCACAACAUUCGGGCUCCAUAUAUGGUGCGCACGCUCGCCCGCAGGUACAAAGAUAUUCAUCGACAUGAUACUGAGCACGGACGCCAUGAAAAGCAUCGGCGCGAAGCUCUGGGACUUGACAUUCCCGCCGUGUUCCGACUCGGGGCCCCGCUGGAGUGAGCAGUACGUCGAGUGCCUAUUCCGGCACACCGCACUGCCGAUCUGGCACCUGUGCUGCACCGUGGCCAUGGGCUCGCACUCCGAGGCAGUGUUGGACGAGCGCCUACGCGUCCGAGGCAACGUGACGGGCUUGCGAGUGGCCGACGCCUCAGUGAUGCCCGACAUCGUAAGCGGCCACACAAACGCGCCAAGCAUGAUGAUCGGCAGCAAGGCGGCCGCCAUGAUCAUCGAGGACAACCAAGAACGCCAUACGAAGAAGCGGCGCAGGAGGACGCGUCAAGAAUACCGCGAGAAUAACGCACACUAGGCACUUAAGAGGAAAUAAAUUAAAUUGAAGAGUCACUAUCGGGGUCGUCAUGCUUAUUCAAAAAAACACUAUUACCAACGCUCCACUGCAAAACGCGAUCGCCCCUGGUCUCGGUAAUCGCACUGUGUUGUAGAGAGUGCGAAACGCAAUGAGAACACCACGUAAGGGUUACGUGUGAAACUCACAAGUGAAGUCAUACAGUAUACAAAAGGCUCCAUCGGAAUGGAAGAUAAGUCUCAGGC